CACCCAAAGACAACAAACCGUCGGGUUCUGGGUACAAGGACGUUUAGAUUGAGCGCCAUUGGAAAUGGGAUGAUUUUUAGAAUAAACUGAGUGGUCAGCACUGUCCCCUCACAGCAAGAAGGUCCGGGUUCGAGCCCAGCAGCUGGCGAGGGCCUUUCUGUGUGGAGUUUGCAUGUUUUCCCAGUGUCCGCGUGGGUUUCCUCCGGGUGCUCCGGUUUCCCCCACAGUCCAAAGACAUGCAGAAACUGUGUGUCUGCGAGGUCUCCAUUUGCAGUGUUCAUAAUCCACAUGAAGAAAUCCUCCUAACAAAGUGAUUAGGGGGCCAGGUGCUUUUGGACAAACUCCUUAGUGAUGUAGGAAGACCAGAAGCCCUUGGGACCAUCAGCACUUGUUCCCAAGGACAUAUUAAAUUUAAAGCACAAUGAGCUGCUCUGCAUUGCUGCGACUGUACCCUGGAGACCAUCACAGACUCCUGAUUGUCUACAGUGCCAUCACUCUUCGCCUGCUCAGUUCCAGGCCUCAACCUGGGCGUGGCUUAAGAGAAAGUCUGCACUUGCUGCAGCUGCCUGAGGACAGAGUCAGCAGCCAUGCCACAGUCAAAGAAGCCUACUUGCGCAUGGCCAAACUGUACCACCCUGACUCUGGAGCCCCCACUGCUGAUGCUGCUUUAUUCUCCCACAUAGAGGAGGCUUACAGAGUUGUACUAGCCCACCUGGCAUGGCAAAGGUCUAGAUCUCAGAAUACUGAGGAAGAGGAGGAAAAGACUCAAAGUCAUGCACCACAGCACAGACACUACCUCAGCUAUGAAGGUGUGGGCUCUGGAACACCCAGCCAGCGUGAACGACAGUAUCGGCAGUUCCAGAUGGACAGAGCUACAGAUCAGGUGUUGGAGUAUCGCUACAAAAUCAUGGAGAAAGCAGCAGCAGAAGAGGGAGCCAUGGUUUUGAGGGAUACACGCCUACGAAGCCGGAAGACCCAGAUAACACAGACUGUGGAGAGACUGGUUGAGGAUCUCAUCCAGGAGUCGAUGGCGCGUGGUGACUUCCACAACCUAAGUGGCGCCGGUAAACCACUCAGCAAAUUUGAACACAACCCCUAUGCUGACCCCAUGACCCACAACCUCAACCGCAUUCUCAUUGAUAACGGCUACCAACCUGAGUGGAUAGUGGCCCAGAAAGAGAUUAGAGAGACAAUUGAGAAGAUGCGCAAGAGACUUCAGGAAGUUCGGGGUAGACUAGGAAACCCAAUGAAACACUCGGAGCAGAUGCAGUGGAAAGAACACUGUGCCAUUUUCUCCGAAGAACUGACCAAGCUCAACAAGAAAGUGGACGAUUUCAACUUGAUUGUGCCGCUGAUGAGUUGGCAGAUGGUUCAUUUUAAUAUGAACAGAGAGAUGGAGAAAGUACUGAAAGCUGAUCAACAAGAUAGAAAGGAGAAGGAGCUGGAGAAAGAGAGGAAGCUCACGGAGGAGAGAGAGAAUGCAGCCACCUCUCAGCAGAACUCAAGGCAAGGACUUAUGAUGUGGAUGCAGAGUCUGCUCAGAUGAAAUUAUGUCUGAAAAAUGCUGUAUUUCAAAAGGAUACACAAGUCUUUUUACAAUGGUUUGCCAUUUAUUAUUAUCUGCUUAUAGAGAAAUUUGAGGAACUAUUUUAAAAGAGAAAAUGCAUUAAACAUGGCUCAGUUCUCAUGCAUGACUGACAAAUCACCAUCGUGUAAAUAAAAUCAUAUUUAAACUAA